UAGAGUUACAAAACUUUCUUGCGGUGAAGGGUAGACUAUAAAGAAGGGUUGCAAAAGCGCAUGUGAACGCAACGAAAUCAUAACUCUGAACUACUGACCCCCUGCACCAUGGCUCUAAGAACAGCUGCCUCCCGUCUCUUCAUUGGUUCUCAAAGAUGUGCUCUUGCCACUGCAUCCAGAGCUCAAGGGACAGCAGCUGCAACCCAGGAGGAGACGGUCAAGGCCCAGAAACCUGCAAAGGCCUCCAAGGUGCAGUUUAACUGGCGGGAUGCCUUGGACCUGGAAGGCCAGCUUACAGAGGAGGAGGGGAUGAUUCGGGACUCGUUUCGUGACUACUGCCAGGACAAGCUCAUGCCCCGCAUCCUGAUGGCCAACAGACAUGAGCAUUUCCACAGAGAGAUUGUGAGUGAGAUGGGAGAGCUUGGUGUACUGGGCCCCACUAUUAAAGGAUAUGGCUGUGCUGGGACUAGCUAUGUGGCCUACGGUCUCAUUGCUAGAGAAGUGGAGCGUGUAGACAGUGGAUACCGUUCUGUCAUGAGCGUACAGUCGUCCCUGGUCAUGCACCCAAUCAAUGCCUAUGGCACAGAGGCACAGAAGGAGAAGUACCUACCACGACUCGCUCGAGGAGAGAUACUGGGCUGCUUUGGCCUGACAGAGCCCAACCAUGGCAGCGAUCCCAGCAGUAUGGAGACCAGGGCCAAAUACAACCCUUCCAGCGGCACUUUCACCAUCAGUGGAGCCAAGACAUGGAUCACUAACUCCCCGGUGGCUGACAUCUGCGUUGUGUGGGCCAAGUGUGAGGAUGGGAAGGUGCGGGGCUUCAUCCUGGAGCGUGGAAUGAAGGGCUUGGCCACACCCAAGAUAGAGGGCAAGUUCUCGCUGCGGGCCUCCGCCACAGGCAUGAUCCUGAUGGACGAGGUGGAGGUGCCCGAGGAGAACCUGCUGCCCAACGUCUCUGGCCUGGGGGGUCCUUUUGGCUGCCUAAACAACGCCCGCUAUGGCAUUGCCUGGGGAGCACUGGGAGCUGCAGAGUUCUGUUUCCAUGCUGCCCGCCAGUACACCUUGGACAGAAUCCAGUUUGGUGUACCACUGGCCAGAAACCAGCUGAUGCAAAAGAAGAUGGCAGACAUGUUGACAGAAAUCACCAUUGGGCUACAGUCCUGUCUCACCCUGGGCCGACUCAUUGAUGGAAAAAAGGCAGCACCGGAUAUGAUCUCCAUGCUCAAGCGGAACAGUUGUGGCAAAGCACUGGACAUUGCUCGGCAAGCUAGAGAUAUGCUGGGAGGCAACGGGAUUGCUGAUGAGUACCACAUCAUCCGUCAUGUCAUGAAUCUGGAGGCUGUCAACACAUAUGAGGGUACCCAUGAUAUCCAUGCUUUAAUUCUGGGAAGAGCCAUCACCGGACUGCAGUCAUUCACUGUUGAAAAGUGAACUAAAGCAUCAAGUCUUCUUUCUCCUAAACUUACAACAGAACCUCAGUAACAAAUGAACUCCAUUUCUUUGAAGUGCCUUUGUAUGUUGUGCAUUUCACAUUAAAUGCCUAUUCAUGUUUUAAGGAAAACUGGGUCCAAGCUUUGAGAUGGGUAUCUCAACUUGAAGUUCAAUGUAAAUAUUGUUUUAUUUUUGUGUCAACAGACACAAUGUGUUGAGUUUACAUGUGCAUAAGAAAUGUCUUUAGUGUCAGGAAGACACUUCUAAAGAUAUUUAGCAUGACUGUUAUCUAUAAUAUCAUUUGUGAGAUGAAAGCUGAGAACUGUUGCUGAAACAGGAAAGUAAAUAUAUUAUAACGUGAUAAACCUAGUGUCAUGGUUUCAAAACUCCCCGUAUGUUUUACUGUAAGCUUUAAGGUCAGACUUAUUUAUGUGUUAUGCUCUGUUAAUAAACUGUCUUCCGAAUGUC